UCCUCUCCCUCUCUCUCUCUCUCUCGCUCGUCGCCCUCGUAGCGUAGACGACGACGCCUCCCCUCCCCAUCAUCCCCUCCCCCCGCUAGUAUCUCUAUUUCAACCAACGCCCAUGUCCCCUCUCGCCAUUCCAAUUCGAUCUCCACCAGCACGAUCGCACCACAAGCAAACCGCGAGCCCCCAAAGCAACCCCAUUUUUUUCCUUUCCCCCGUCCAAGAUUCCUGAUUCUUGAUUCUUGAUUCGCGUGAGAGGCGGGGGCAUGAGGUCGUCGGCGGCGGCGGCGGCGGCGGAGGACGACCAGUCGUCGAGGGUGAUGUACGAGCUGUGCGCGCUGCUGCUGACCGUGCUCCGGUCGUCGCCGGAGGAAGGGGGCGCGGGGCGGGCGGCGUGGCCGCGGCAGGUGACGGCGGCGGGGCUGGCGUCGAUGCUGCUGGGGGCGUCGGUGGCGCUGAUGCUGUGCGGGUCGGUGACCUUCAUGCUGGGGUUCUUCCUCAUGCCCUGGGUCGUCGCCCUCGCCUGCGUCUUCCUCUUCGUGGGGUUCGUCACCAACCUGUCCGGGAUCGGGAGGGCCAUCCUCUGGCCCGCCGGUGCCUCCUCCUCCUCCUCCUCCUCGCCGAAGGUGGCCUCCACAUGGUAUAUAUUUUCCAAGCCUCCAUUCAUGCAGAUGUGAAGUUGAAUAAGAAGUAGGUUCUCAAUUUCUCAUGGAGGUGUAUAGAAGAACCGGAGUUUGGGCAGCAGUAUGCCAUCCUAUGUUUUCCUUCCUGGACAACUUUUUACCAUGUAACGCGGCAACAAGCUUAGAUGGGUUUAUAUAUUAUAAUUAGGAUGACACGCUUUAACAGAAAACUUUGUACAUACGGAAAGAACGGUUUGGUUUUACUACUACAUGGAUCUUAUAAUUGUUUCAGAAUUGGAGAGCUCUUUUUCUUCAAGUUUGUAUCUUGCUUUUGC